AUGUACACUUUAAAAAGUUCAAAAGAGUCUACGCAAGAUUCAAAAAUUACCGACAAAAAUAUACCUGCCAUAACAUUACCUUCCUCCUCACCGAAAUUUUUAUCCUCUCCAAUUUCCUAUUUAUCCAAACAAUUUCGUGAAUUCUUGAUAAAAACGCUACAACAUGGACCUAUUCCUCAACACAUUGGAUUUAUUAUGGAUGGUAAUAGAAGAUUUGCAAGAAAGGUUAAAGUUCAAACUACAAAAGGACAUUAUAUGGGUUUUGCUAAAAUGGAAGAGGUGUUAGAUAUUUGUUUACAACUUGGAAUAAAAGUUGUCACUGUAUAUGCAUUUAGUAUAGAAAAUUUUAAACGACCAAAAGAAGAAGUAGAUGCACUCAUGCAACUGGCCAAGGAAAAAUUAAAACAAUUGUGUCAGAAUAGUCAGAUAGUGAAGAAACAUGGAAUUGGCAUAAGAAUAUUGGGAAAUAUGUCAUACCUUCCGCAAGAUUUGAGAGAGGUUAUGGAAGAAGCCAUCGAAACGACCAAAGAUAAUAAUCGAGAUGAAAUAACAAAUUCUGUAAAGAAGAUUGCAAAGAUGGUAGACAAUAAACAGAUUCAGAUUGAAGAUAUUGAUGAAAAUUUAAUAGAACGAUGUUUAUUUACUCAUGGAUGUCCUCCUUUAGAAAUUCUUAUUCGAACAUCAGGUGAAAUUCGAUUAAAUGUUACGAAUAAUUCUAGAGUAUCAACUUAUUUAUGA